AUGUCCUCGGCAGGUCGUCGAGUACACUACUCACCACCAUGGGGCAACGCCAGCAUUAUUGGAGUCGCUGGGAGCAGUGGGUCAGGCAAGACAUCGUUGGCAAUGGCGAUAGUGGCAUCUUUGAACUUACCCUGGGUCGUUAUCUUGAGUAUGGACUCGUUCUACAAGCCUUUAACGCCAGAACAAUCAGCGGCUGCAUUUCGCAAUGAGUUUGAUUUUGAUUCUCCCAAUGCAAUCGACUUUGACAUAUUGGUGGAGAGACUGAAAGAUAUCAAGAAUGGCAAGGUUGCUGAAGUACCAAUUUACUCAUUUCAAAAGCACGCGCGGCUAGAGAAAACCACGACAAUCUAUUCGCCGCAUGUUCUCAUCUUGGAGGGAAUUUUCGCACUCCAUGAUCAGCGGGUUCUGGACCUGUUGGACCUCAAGAUCUUCGCUGAAGCAGAUGCGGACCUCUGUCUGUCAAGACGACUGGUUCGAGAUGUCCAGGAACGUGGCCGUGAUAUUGAGGGUUGCAUCAAGCAGUGGUUUGGUUUCGUCAAACCCAACUUCUACAAGUACGUUGCACCACAAAGGGAGAUAGCCGAUCUUAUCAUCCCGCGUGGUAUCGAAAACAAGGUUGCCAUCACCAUGGUCAGCAACCAGGUGCGACAGACGCUCGAGCAUAAAUCCAUCGCUCAUCAAACAGAGCUCAGGCGUCUUGGCAAAAUUGCGGAGGACAACCCGCUCAGCUCAAAUGCCAUUGUGUUGAAACAGACGAACCAGGUCAUCGGAAUGCACACUCUACUAUUGGACCCUGCAACUUCAAGAGAGGACUUCGUCUUUUACUUCGACCGUAUGGUAGCUCUACUCAUUGAAACGGCUGCAGACUUCCUCCCAUUCGCUCAGCAUAGCGUGACUACACCACAAAACCAUACCUAUCAGGGUCUGACCAAAGCUGCUAAGGUCAGUGCCGUGGUCGUUUUGCGCGGUGGUAGCGCUUUCGAAACGGGUCUUCGACGCACGAUUCCCGAUUGUAUAACGGGUAGAAUACUUAUUCAGACCAACUAUCGAACUGGCGAGCCGGAACUACAUUACAGAGCUUUGCCUGUGGACAUCGCUCAACAUGGCCUCAUUCUAGUUUUAGAUCCGCAAUUCUCAUCAGGUGCGGCGGCUCUCAUGGCUGUAAGAGUUCUAGUAGACCAUGGGGUCCCCGAGAAGAAGAUCGUCUUCGUCACGUAUACGGCAGGUCGUGUCGGUCUGAACAGAGUCUUGAGCGUCUUCCCCGACAUGAAAAUUGUUGUGGCUAGAUUGGGAGAUGAUAUGGAGAAUCGUUGGGUAGAAACUAAGUACUUGGGAUGCUGA